AUGGACACACGAAAAUUGUGGGACCCAGACAAAAAUUAUAAAAAAAAACGAACGGAGAGGAACGAAGGGACGGCGGAGAAAAAACGCGAACCCGACCUCUGGUCACUCCGAGGGCCGGCCGUGCUGUGUCGUACCGGCUCCGGCGUCCAUUUGUCCCCAAACUGCACUCCAAAUCAAGUCUACUCCGCCACCGCCACACCACGCAUGCAGACAGACGCGUCUCGUCGUCCCCCCGUUCCUCUCCCCUUCACCGUUCUCCCUCCUUUCUCCCCCCGCGUCUCCACCGAACCCGACCGAACCCGACCGGACGCUUCCAGGCGUUUUUUUCAUCAAAUCGAACCAAACUCCCCUCCCUGCCCACUCGACUCCUAA